AUGAAGUCUUCCUCCGGCCGCCUGCUGAUGGUAAAGUUAAAAUGUCUGCCGUCUGCACCAGUCAGAGUAAAUCAAUCAAAAUGGCCGACGGCGUUUAGAAAAACAACAUGGAGGACGAUCCAUCAGUUCGUCCCUCCAGGUUUCACCUUCUCUCUGUUUCCAUGGCAACCUGCAAGUGUCUCUGUGCUGCUGCUGUGUGGAGCGUCUGCGUCUCCAGUGUCUCUGUCCGUCAGUCCAAACCUGCAGCAGUUCUUCAUCGGGGAUUCCUCCGUGUCUCUGAACUGUCUUCAUGAGGGACGGACAGCAGAGGGAUGGACGGUGAGGGGGACCGGACCGGCUGGGGACUGUGGACCGCCUGAUUCUGGUUCCGGUCCAUCCUGUGUCCUCAGCCUCUCUGGACCUUCAGCUGGACGGUUCUGGUGUGAAGCGUCUUCUGGCCAGAGGAGUGACAACGUCAGCAUCACGGUGCUGGGUAAAGGCCUCAUCCUGGAGAUCCCGGCCCUUCCUGUCAGAGCAGGAUGUGAUGUCACGCUGCGCUGCAGGCGCAGUAACGGUGACAUCACUGCGGCGUUCUUCUUCGUGGGUCAGCGCCGGCUGGGAUCCGGACCAGAGCUGGUUCUCCAGCCGGUCCGCCGGGCCGACGAAGGCUCUUAUUGGUGCUCCACGGACCGGUUUGGGAGGUCUCCUCUCAGCCUCCUGAGGGUCACAGAUCCUCCUCUUCCUCACGCCACCACUCCUCCUCCUCUGGUGUCGGGUCCAACCCGUCCUUCAUCGUCUCCUCCUCUUCUUCCUCCUUCAUCGUCUCCUCCUCUUCCUCAGGCCUCAGGUGUCUCGGUUCCUCGCCUGCUCUGCCACCUGCUGGUCAUCUGUCCGUACUGCGCCUGCAGCGUCCUGCUGCUGCUCAGGUGCUGCAGCAGGAAGUCGGGUGGAGCUCCGCCCCCUCACCUGGCCUUUCUGGCUCCGCCCACAGGGUCCCAACCCACCGUCGCCAUGGAGACCGCACAGCCUGCAGAGCUAGACCUCGUCACCACGGAGCACAACUUCUGAAGCUGGACCCUCCAGAACCACUGACCAGGUUCUGGUACCAGUCAGAACCAGUCCUGGUACCAAACAUCUGGACCUGGUACCAGCUGUUGGAAAUAUUAGUGUAAUUAUGCUAAUUUUAAUGCUAGUUUAAACUUUAGUGCUUGUUGAAAUAUUAGAUUGUUUUAAGUUUGAUUUUAGGUUUGAUUUAGAUUCAGAGUUUAAUCAAUAGAACAUUUUUUUAGGUAUAUUGAUCACGAUUUGAUGAAAAUUAGUCUAAUCAGUAGUUUUUAUAUUAGAUCACAUUAUUAAUAAUAUAUAAAUCAUAAAUUCAUCUGAAAUUGUUUUAGUUAUUUAUAAACCAAAGGAGCUGAAAACUAAUCAGAAAAUAUUGAGUGUAAAAAAUGUUUUAGUAUUAAAAUCUGUUCAUGUCUGUUUUAUCAGAGUUUGAAGAUUUUAUAUGAAACAUGUUUUAAUUUUAUAAUCUGCUGUUUGAUGCCCUGGGUCAGAGGUCAGAGGUCAGCAGAGCUCAGUGGUUCAGGAACCAGUUAGAAAUGAGAAACACAGAUGCUGAUAAACUUUGGUCUCGUUUUCUUCAGUAAAAUGUUUAUGAAAUAAAAACAUCUAUAGUUGGUAAAGAUCAGCAGGGUUAACCAGCCAUGGAUCAUCUGGGCCUCAGUAAAACCUGCCUGGUCUCUGGUUGCUAACAGCAACAUUACAGCUGGUUGAGUCUAAACUAUGUUGGACCAUCAGACAGUAGAAACACCUGGAGAUAAAAGUAAUGGAGCUAAAACAGCCAAUCAGAUCACUGGAUCUGUCUGAACGCCACUCAGUGUCUCUGAAGGCGACUUUGUGUUUCAGUAUUUUUCUAAGGUAAUUAAUGAUCCUUUCUGGCUUUGGUUUCUGGUGAUCAUGAUGAGAUGUUGAUGUGAUUUUAUGCAUUUGACUGAAUAAAUUCUGAUUAUGAAGUUGA